AUAUAAAUGCGUGAUACUGUGAAAGGCUCAUUCAUUUGACGCAUUGCCUUGACCAUGGGCCACGGUUUUCAAUUCAUUCUCUUGCUCUUGCUGCUCGUCGCGCUGCUCAGCGCUGUUUACGGCAUGCCAUGGGGAGGUCCCUCAUCCAAUAGUGCACCCGCCGGCGGUCCCGCCUGGAAUGGUGGCGAUACAACCGAUAAUAUUAUUUUGCGUCAAAAUGGUGGCGGUAGCAGCAACAAGUGGCGCUACUAAUUGACUUUUGAUCUGCGUCUACGAUCAAAUAUUCAUUUUAAUUUUUGAAUACUAAAUAAAAUAUAAAUUGAACUGUA